GUGGAACAUGAACGUCUGCACCGCUCACCAUCAUCUCGCGCCUCUCUCUGAGCUGGCACUCAUGGUGCAGCUGAUGGCUCAAUAUUGGAACACCUUCGAUCCGCCGAGUUUUGCGCUGAUGACACCUAUCGAACAUCGCAAGAGCAUCGCAAAAGCAUCGCUCCCAUUGACAGCCACCACCCCAGAGUACCACCCAUGGCGCAAGGGCUUGCUUCUACGCCGCUCGAAUCGCACCGCAUGAGCCAGCCGAUGCUGCCGAGCGUGUGAGAUCGACGAGGCACAGAAGAACCGGUGAGCGGCCGCCAUCGCGCCAUCGAUGACAUUGAGAAUGUCCGCAUUGAGAUGGUGUCACCAGCCCUUGUCGGCCACAACGUCGGUGCGACAUUGGCUGAUCCCCCAUGUCUCGGCCGAACACAGCGCUGCUAUCCACUUGGUGUAACGAUGGGGACGGAAGAGCGUCAUCCACGCGGCGAGUCCUCGUCUCCAAGAAGCCCGCUCCGAUCAAAGUGCCUCGUCCUACUCGGCUCGGCAUGAUAAGGAUGACUGGCCCGAUGUAUACCGUUCAUCAUCGCCAAGCCGUAACGACGGCGACGGACACCGAGUACGACGGACACAACCUCUCUCCGCUAGCUCGGGAGAGCACAGACGGGAGUGGUGGCACGAGGCGUCCGCGUGGCUGGGACCCGUCCAGGCGUGGAAGCUUCCAUUCGCUGCGUCCGCCCGUGAAGCAAGGCAUGCCCCAUGCCCGCCAGCGGAUGAGAGUGAGUCCAAUCACGUCUGGUCAAGACAGCAAACCUGUCCAUGUGACCAAGUUGUUGUUGGCUACGCUGCUUCAACGGCCACGUUGCAUUAUCGCUCUAUCUAUUUCCGUCCUGUCUCGUCGGAGAAAGCACUGGAUGCACACCCCGGAGACUACACGUGACAGUCUCUCCGAUAGUCUUCGCUGCUGUCUGGCAUAAACGCAUGUCCUGCGAAUGGAAAUGUGAACGACACAGAUACUGGC